AUGAAGGCAAAGACGGCUUUCAAAUGGAUUUAUAAACAAGUGUCACAUUACAAUCUUUUCAUGUUAGAAGAGAAUGACUAUGAUGACGAUGAUGACAUCGCCGAUCCAAUCAUUGUUCUUAAAUAUCAAAAAUAUAAAACAUGGUUGUACGUUACACUUAGAACAGUAUGUCUCUAUGUUUUAUUUUAUGCUACUCUGAUCAAAAUAGAACAGAAAACAAUUGUCGUUUCCAACAUAACGCCUCAUCUUUUUACUAAAUUGUUCUCUCAACAUAAUCGAACUCUUUCAUGUCCUUGUAGAAGAACAAGCAUAUCGUACGAGAAAUUUCUUUCCCAUCAUAUUACUGUGCAUCCUGUAUGCUCGAGUACUUUUGUUGAUCAACAAUGGUUCGAAGGAUUAUAUUUUGAGAAUGCAAGUCUCUAUGGCGUAUGGGAUUUUCGAACAACAGCUUAUUCGCAGUUUGAACUUUUGUCAAAAUUUUGUUCACUUUCGAACAAGAUAGUUGCUCAAAUUCAAAAAGAUAUUGCCAGCACUGAUUUUAUUUCGAUUGAACUCGUUUCCAUAAUGGAAAUCCGAAAGGAGGCUGAUGGCUUCAUUGAAUUGAAAAAGCACAGCGCAUCUGAUCAAAUGAUGUCGUAUAUGAACUAUUUAAUAUCAACAACUCAAGAAAAUUUUCUAGCUACAGCUCUCGGCACUAAUUAUAUAGUUGAAAUAUUAGAUGACGAUGAUAUCGGAUUACAAAUCCGCGCAGAAAUCGUAUUGCAAUUUGACGUAGAUGGACUCAGACCAUCAUGCGUCGCCGAGAAUCCACUGAUAGCAGCUUCUGUUUCUCCAUUAUCUAAUGAGUCUAUAUUUGUCUAUCGUCGAACUGCGAUGAAACCAAUGAGUGAUUCCAUAAUUGUUCAAGGUUUCUUUGUGGGAUGUACUCCUCUCGGAUCUCUUCUUGCAAGUAGAUUGGAUUGCUUCUAUGAUUUACAAUGUGUCCAACUGUUGUUCGACUAUUUUCCAAAUCUCAAUAAAACAUAUGCCAACUUGAACAAUUCAAUCCUAUCAUCACACUAUAAAAAUAUUUCCAUCAUGAGCUAUUUAAAAGUUCUUUUCAUUGAAGAAUGGUCAUCAGAUAUUGAUUUUUCAUCGUAUUUCAGUAUGUGCUCUCCGUCGAUAUGUACAUACACGGUCACAGAUCGAACAAACUUAGUAUCUGUAUUGACCCUAUUCAUUAGCCUUUAUGGUGGUCUUACGAUUAUACUACGAUUGAUUGCGUCAUAUUCUCUUGGUAUUGUAUUUAACUUAAAAACACGUUCUGGUCAUCAGCACAAAACACUGUUGACAACUCUGAGAUCGAUAAAGAAAUUUAACGUAUUUAAAAAUAUUCAUGAUCGAACUCAAGAUGGUGUUAGACAGCAACAAAUGAUCACUCGGAUUUACUUUAUCCUAUUGUUCGGCUCAAUAUGUUCUCUGUGUCUAUUCGUAUUAUUGAGCAAGGCAUCAGUAACAGUACUUGAACCCAGUCCUGCAUUCGAAGCUUACAAUUCAUUAGAAUCAAUACACUCAUCAACACUUCGAUGUCCGUGUUCAAAUAAAGCAAUACCUUAUAAAAACUUUCUCUCAUUUUCUCCAGUGUUUCACUCCGUUUGUUCGAGUAGUUUUGUUCAUAAAUAUUGGAUCGAAAUACUGAAGCUCAUUAGAAAGUCCAUAACGCAUGAUGAUUGGCGCAAGGAGGCAUAUGUACAAUUUCAGAUAUUGUCUGAUCUUUGCCAAUUAGCCAAUAGGACGAUUACUGAUGUCAUUGACCGAUUUGUCCACCAAUUUUUCAUUGUUUCUUCAGUACUAAACGAAACGAAUUUUGCUAAGCAGCUCGAUGCAACCCUCGAUCAAUUUUACCAGUCAACGUUCUACAAUUUUAUUUUACUGAAAGAUAUAGCCAGUCUAAUCAUGCAAGUUGAUCAAUUUUAUAUGGGAACUAAGUAUAUGUCCAAUAAUCCUGCUGAAUUGCGUCUGAGUAUCAAUGUAACAAUGGACGAAACAAGUGACUGUCGAGUAGCACAAGUGCAAUUUGCUUUCUAUACAAUUCAAGAACUUAAUUCAACAUCGAGUGAAUGUAUUUGUGCCAUCAAUCCACAUUGCCAAAACCCAUCAUAUAUCUUCGAAUCAAAUUUCGACCAUUAUUUGAACAAGAGUAUCCCCUCCAUAUGGAACAUACCCGGUUGGAUGGAAGCCUGCUUUCCCAUGGGCUCACUUUUACUUUCGACUCUCCAGUGCUUAUACCAAGAUUCAGAUUGCUUUCCAAUACUCAUGGGCUAUUUAGGUCUAUACGAGAAAAACCCACAAGAUUCUUUAUCAUCAUUUGAUUUACGACUUCUCGCUUAUGACCCAACAAGAGAUCGCCACCCACCUAACAAAUCUUUUUCGGCAAUUGUCAAACAACUGAUGAUCGAACAAUGGAAUCCAGUCUCAUCAUAUGAGCAUUUCUAUGAAUCUUGUGCACCAUUAUACUGCUCCUAUCCUCAAAUAAGUCGAAAAGCGUCUUUCAUUGGUGUGAUUAUAAGACUGGUAUCGAUGAUAGGUGGUCUUGUUGUUUCAUUACGUCUUUUAACACCUCUGCUUGUUAAGUUCGUUUUGAAACUUUGGAAAACAUUGAAAAGGAAAAGAGAACAAAGAAUACAAGUCGUGGCUCAACCUAGCUUUCAGAUUCAAGUGAAAAACAUCGUAUUCAUGCUAAUUAGACUCUUACGUACAACCCUAGUUGAGUUGAAUAUAUUUACACUACGCAAUUUCGGCGCUAGUGUUGAUCGAAUCACAGCGAAACACUACGGUCGAUGGGCGACUCGUCUUUACUUGAUAUUAUUUUCUGGUGGUCUCAGUAUUUUACUAUUCUAUGGAGUUGCACAACCACAACCGUCAACAACAAAAUUUGAUCAACCAAAGUUCGCUUUCUACAACGAUCUGAGAAAACGCUACGGUGAAAACUUAAAAUGUACAUGUUCAGUCAUAGCAUCGAAUUAUUAUCAAUUUGUCCAGAUCGAACCAAUAUUUCAUCCGAUUUGCAAAAGUCAAUUUGUAUCAGACGAAAGGCGACUCAAUUUAGUAAAUAGACUUGCUCUUAACUUAACCAAGUACGCGCAGAGAGAUUAUCGUCGAUUUCUUUCUGCUCAUUUACAGUACCUUCAAGGACUAUGUCGACUUUCUAUGGAAUCAGUCAAUAAUACGAUCCAUCAGCUUUUAACAUCAUUGCUAGUUACCGUCGAUCUCCUAUCCGAAAACAGUUUCCAAGAGCAUGUCACCAUGUUAACUGAACACAGUAAAUCCAGCGCUCCAGUCGCAUUGUCCCGGUUUCUUCUGUUCAGUCAAACUAUAUUCCAUGGAAACACUUUUAUGUCAUCGUAUGGAACAAAUUUCGAAUAUGUGUAUACAAAGUUCGAUGAUAUCGUGGUUUAUGUGGCGACGAGGGCGGUCAAGUACGAUGACGGAUGCUCCUGUGGAACAUCACUAACUUGUACAACUCAAGCCGCUUUCAUUGAAUGGGAUUUUUCAAGAGCAACUCCCGUCGAUGGAAUGAAAAUGGGCUGUACCCCGAGUCAGUCAUUUCUUUCUUCAACUCUUCAAUGUUUUUAUAAUCAAUCGUGUCUCAAUCUUAUUCAACACUAUACAAACUCUAACACAUCGCUAGAUCCUCUUCUCACAGAAGAAAGUCGCUUCUCACGAAACAUAACAAUAGCUGAACUUGUCAAUCAUGUAUUUCUUGAAGAUUGGUCAAUAGAAAAGAAUUACUCAUUGUACUAUCAACAAUGUUCACCGCUGAUUUGUUCUUAUACUACCGUGAAAAGAUUCAACAUUUUCUACAUCAUUACUCUUAUACUUGGCCUUCAAGGCGGCUUGACAAUAGUUCUCAAAUGGACUUGUCCAAAAGUUAUUCUUCUCGGGUUCAAAAUUUACAAUAAACGAAAGAAUCGAGCAACUACUAUUCAUCCCACGAUGACCAGUGAUAUAACUGUUCGACAUACAACUUCUAAGUCUCAGAUUGAACCACAGAAUAAUGGCAUGUCACGCAGUCGGUGGUUUCCAAAAAUCAUAUGUUCAGUUAUCCUUAUGGUAUGCGUAGCAGUUGGAAUUAGUUGUUUUUCGAUCUACUACGCAUAUAAAAACUACUCGGUAACAACCGAUGUACCGAUUAGUGAUAAUUUCACUAGAACAACAAUUACUGCGAUCAUAUCUACAACGUCAAAUGCUUCAGAGCCAUUGUGUCUCUUUAAAUAUGAACAAGUAUUUAUUGAUUCAUCAUGUUUGUUCAUAAGCUCAUCUGCAGUUGUUGUCACGGAUGUGACUGCUGACGGUCACAUUGAUUUGAUCUUUCAUUGCGAUAGGACUGAAAUGGUGCAUGUCUUACUGGGAUAUGGCAAUAGUUCGUUUCGACGAGCGUUCACGUUUUCAGCGAGACAUGUUUACAAGAUAAAUUGGAUUCGUGUUGCCGAUUUGAACAAUGAUCGUCGAACUGAUCUAGUUUUGGCCUAUUACAACAAUGAACUGAGCAAAACAAACAUCAUUGUAGUGUUUGGCAAUGGUAAUGGAACUUUUCAAACACAAACUACACAGUCUUUUCUUUUAACUAUCAUUGCACAAGACACUAACAUAAUAGAUGUGAAUAAUGACACUAAGUUGGAUAUUAUCGCUAUUGGUGCACGUUCUGAUCACAUCCAUAUAUAUUAUGGCAAUGGUGAUGGAACGUUUUCACCACCAUUAGUUUUGUACAUAGGAAUCAAUAGUAACGCACACCAAUUAUCUGUUGCUGAUAUCAACAAUGAUGCUUAUUUAGAUCUCAUUGUGAUGGACGGAUCGACCAACCUUAUACAUGCGUUUUUUGGAAAUAAUGAUAGAAGUUUUCAAUUACAUAAAUGGUUUUUCGUUUUCGUGAACCCUGGUAAAACCGCAAUGAUUGUCGCUGAUUUCCGUGGUGAUUUUCAAUCUGAUAUUACUUUAGCUCACAGUUGGACAAAUACGGCUUUUAUAUCCUAUCGAUAUACCAAUGGUACUUUUCAUGGGCAGAAGCAAAUUGCUAUGAACUCUUCUUUACCAUUUCGUUCAGUUGCCUUAGGCGAUUUAAACAAUGAUAAAUAUUUGGACAUCGUUGUUACUAAAGAUUUUCCUUAUGAAAUCUAUGGGUUUAUUCAAGAUCGAAACGGUAAUUUCCAAGUUCAACUUAUUCAUUCAAGCGAACACAAUGGUCAUCUACCCUGGAAUGAUGUGAAAGAUUUCAACAAUGAUAACUGUCAAGAUAUAAUCAGCAUAUCUCCUGAAUUUCAAACGAUGAGCAUAUUUUUGAACACAUGCGAGUGCUCUUGA